UUGGAACAGCCGUGUGUAUCUUACUGUGAUGAUCUUUGCAGAUGUUUAACGGAAGUGGCAAACAGCGGUAAUUUGGAUUUGGAGUUUGGAGUAUUGUUGAGUUGCUAUAAUGUCAGCUGGGAUGUCUACUCUUAAGAAAGAAGAAAUACUGAAGAUUAUCUUAUUCCAAGAGGUCGACAGAGUUGUUACAGAGACGUCGAAGGAGAUUGGUGUAACAUGUUCAUCUGAGGUUGUGAAUGUUUUUGCAGAAAUGGCUUGGAAGAAAGCUCGUUCAAUUGCUGAAGAUUUGGAAUUAUUUGCAAAACAUGCCAAACGGAGUAUGGUAUCUUCAGAUGAUGUGAAGCUUGUUGUGCGGAGAAACCCUUCCUUGGUAUCAACAAUAACUGAACUAGAAGAAAAGAUGGGUACAUCAAAGAAAAAGGUGCAACGAAAAGAAAGAAAGAAAGAAAAAUAAUCCAUCGGACACUUGAUCCACUAUAGCAAGGGAUUAUUUGAUGUGUUUGGAAGUGAAUUGUCAGAUGUAAUAGGUUAUAUAUUUUCAAUAACUUGACAGUAAGGAUAUUCUAAAAACUAAAUACACCUUUCUGUUUUAGUCAAAUUAAGUCAUAAUGUAAAAGCUGACUAUAUAUGGUGGUUUUACUUCA